AUGAAUCACAGCGCAGGCCAGACUCACCCUUUCCUCGACGCCACCACAGCCGAGCUGUCGUGCGUGUCCGUUGCCGACCGCGUCAUCCUCGUCCACGACCUCUUUGAGCGCGCCAUGGGCCUCCCGCAGCGCGUCGUCUGCCUCCCGAGCAUGGGCGACCAGCUGCUGCGCUUCCAGAUCUGGGCCGCCCGGAUGGGCCUCGCCACCGCCGGGGACGACGCCUCGCGGGCUGCCGCCGCCGUCUGCUGGGAGCAGCGGCUACAGGACAGCCAGCAGACGGCGACGCUGCACGGCGUCCACCUCCACCUCGACCGCCUCGUCAGGGCGCUGCGCAGGAAGGGCCUGCAGCAGAGCAGUCCCGUCGCCGUGGUGGAGCACUUCCUGAGCCCGACGAUGUCGAGGACGCGGUGGCGACGGCGACGCGUCCCGCCGGUGAGGCCCGAGGAGGGGGAGGAGAUGCUCGUGGCGGCCGGGUGGGAGAAUGGGCCGCUCCGCAGGCUGUGGCACGAGAACAACGCGCUGAUUGAGAGCAAGAUCCAGCCGGCGGUCUACGGGCUGUGGGAUGUGCUGCACACGUGCGAGGGCAUCGUCGAGCAGCCCGCGUACUGGGCAGAUGACGAGGAUUUGACCACGGACGAUGAUUAG